AUUUUACCAGCAAGACGACCAAACCUGCUCCAAUUUCCAGUGCAACUAUUUCCUUUGCAAUAGGUACAUAGGUCAACACACCCAGAAGAAGGUGGUCAGGAGGCAGGCUCCAUCGCCCGCACAGCUCAUCCUGAAACUGGGGAGAUCUACACUGAAGUCAGCAUGCCAAGAAACACUGAGCAGGCUCCCACCACCAUUGAACAUCAUGAAGGACCCAGCGGAGACCUGUAUCCCAUGCCACAGACAUCAGAGAAGAAUGGGAAGAAGGACAAGAAGAAGGGGAAGGGGAAUGUGGAGGAGGAAGCAGGACAGCAGGAGCUGACAGAGGAGGAGAAGGCUGCCUUGUACGCUGUCCCUGACAAGAAGGGACAAAAGGCCAGAAGUGAAGGGUUAAACUAUGCUGAGCUGGCUCUCCAGUCCAGCGCCAAGCCAGCCCCUCCCUCCCAGGGAUCUUACUAUUCUGACAUCAGGCUUGAGAACUGAACAAGACUUAUUUUAACUGCUUGACUGAUGAUGUGUGCACUUGUACAGAACACUGUAGAGUAGGAUACUCUAGUGUAUUGAAUUCUGUAAAUAUGCGACCCA